CCCAGACUACCAAAAUUGAUUAAAUAAGAGCUUAAGGCUGUUCAUCAUUUUGCCGGAACAAUAUGCACAAGGGGCAAGGAGUAUACGCACAUAACAAUGUUCCUGACGUGACGCAAACUUUCCAGAAUACGGUUCUGGUUAAAAACUGGUAUGAGGACCGCUUCCAAGCUGCGGUGGCCUCCGCUUCCGGACGGGAGCAGCCAACAAAGGAACGCGUUAUCCACCAAGCACUUCCCGAUGGACACCCCGGCCUCUGGGAGACGACGAAAAAAGAAUUUGACAAAGCGAUGCUUACAAGCCCACCUCCGGCGAAUAUCAAGAAGCCAAGCAUGUAUACGGAUGGGAACCUGCCGGACCGCCUGAACACCUACGGCCUUGCCGAUAGUAUCCAUUACACGACAGGUCCCAACCCCGCCGCCGAGGCCGCCAAGCCGGCGCCGCGGUACAUGACCACCACCAACAAGGAACUCUAUGAGGUCAAGCCACAGCAGGACCUUACCGCUCAUCCCGAAGCGUUUCAAAGCACCAAGUCACCGUACGGUCUCACGGACGCGCUCACAAAGUCCGUCCGGGGGGAAGCCACGGAUCAGUCCAACGUGGUUGGCGGCAAGGGGGCGCGUGGCGAGAUCACUCGACGACCUGGCGAGUCGGGCAAUGUGUACGGCGUGUCUGUUUUCGUAGAUGAAUACGCCAAAUGGGGGUCAGCACUGAAAGGUAUGCCGCUGGAAGAGACGGCGUCGAAGAAGCAGACCAAGUACUUUUGAGCGAGGUGCGGAUUUGGUGGGUUGAUCGCAGCGUUGGAGAGCAGGAAGGCCACUGAAUGCCCUCCACUACAGAGGCCUGAAGUGGAGGCCCUUGCCAUUGGGGGGUGUCCUGAGCUGGAUGAGGCAGCACCCUGUCCUCGCACAAGACGAGUAUGACGUGGAUUGCUGAAAGCGAAAAGCUGCAGGAAUGUGGUACUUGAGGGCUGGACAGAAUAAUGGACGGGGACCGAUGCACUCAGGCAGGACUCUAGUGGGUGUGAUGUGAACAGCAUUACAGAGGUUCUGCGCAGUCUAGAGGCUCGGUAAUCCCCCAGAUAGCACUUUCCAUGCUCUCGUGUACAGAGGGUGUACAGAGGGAUGCCCGGGCCACUGGCAGGUUUACGGUGUUAGUGUAAUUAAUGGGUGCGCAGGAUUAGUUAGUGCAGGAUUGGCCAAGGUUGUGAGGGUAUCGCAAGCGAAUGUGCAUAAAAGAUUAUGUAUAUGCGUGGGUAGAUAGACCUAGGGCAACUGCAGGGCAACGAAGAGCUGCGGGAAAGAGGUGGCGCAAGUGCGGGAAAUGGGUCAGGUAGGCCAGGUGUGCGGCCAGCCACCGCCGUAUAUAUGGACGGAACGUGGAACGUGGGGGCUGGAGCGCACUUGUGGUGUGAAUUUUUGUACUUAGUAAGCGCUAUCUGUGUACGGUGCACUGGCAGGGGGACCGCGGCGCUCAUAUUUCAAGUAGUAACUGUUUGGGCAGGUUUCCAUUGCGCUGGCGCUAAUGUAUUCGUGGGCGGGAGGCGACUUUGGGACCUGUCUUGAGGAGCUGGGUGGCAAGGUUAGAUUCAUCUUCCACUCAGAAAGGGCUUUGCAGCGCCGCGGGUUAAGACAAGACUGUGGGGACAUGGGGACGGCCUGCAAGGAUAUGGCCCCUCCUCUCGGCAUGGCACCUUGCGGUGCAUGCGUGAAUUCUAUUUCUGGAGUGCGGUUUUUGUGCUGCCCUAGAGGCGCUGUGUUGGUGUGACCCGGGUCGCCAUGAUGAGCUGCUGGUUAGUGUGCUGGCUGUUUGUGUUAUACGGAAUCACUGGGCAGCAAAUUACCAUCAUCCUGGAAGCAAAUCAAGCUGCAAGAUUGUCCAUGUCUGCCUUACAUCAUCAUAUCCUUUCAACACCCCUAAUAUCGUUGGGUCACACAGAGCGAGGCUGAGGCCAAGGAUGAACACUAAAGAGAGGAACAUUAAGUAAUAUUGGG